GUAUGAUGAGUGCACAGCAGCUGUAUACACUGUAAUAAUAAUUGUAGGAAUAUUGUUAUCACUGUGUCAUGUCACUUCACUCACUCAUGUUUGGAUAAACAUUGACCACAGUCUCAACAGUGGAUCAUCAAACCAUGGCGGAUUAGUUGGUCUUGCAUUUAACCCAUUGACUGUUGGAAAAAAGCCUUUUCGUCUUCACUACCAAUUGCUCUUCGUUUUUAUUUCAAUAUGUUUUUAUUCCGAUACGAUCCGCGCUUAUAAAUCGGUUUAAUUCACUGCGAGUUCAAUAUGUUAGCCUUACCAAUAUUGGUAGGCUUAUUGUCGUUGGCCGAUUUGUCAAAGAGCGAAUCGUAUGAAGACGCUAGGUGCAAAUGCGUAUGCACGAUAGUAAAUGGUACCGAGAUGUAUAAUAAAUUAUACAUAGCCAACGUUCUUCCUAGCAACGAUUGUAAUGGAGUGAGUUUACCUGUCAUCGGUGAGGUGAACAAUACCAAAAAAGAACUAUGUCCUCGUUGUACAUGCACUUACGAAAGUAGAAAUACUACAACCAUGAAGGUGGUCGUAUUGAUUGUACUUUGCGUUAUAUUUGUAUUGGUUGCGUACAUGUCGUUUCUGUUGUGUUUGGAUCCAUUGAUGAGGAAACGCAAGCUGGUCGGAACAUAUGUAGAGCACACCAACGAAGAGGUAUGUUCUUUAUUGGAGCCAACAAUGUCCGAUAGCGGUAGUUUUGACGAUUUGCCGCCCGCUGUGUCGUUGGAUAAUAGAGAAGCCGUUGAUCCAUCCAGUGCCGGGAGCAGCGGUAAUGUUCUUAACCGAUUUGGCCAUCAACAAGACAAAUGGAAGAAACAAGUGAAAGAACAAAGACGAAACAUUUAUGACCGUCACACUAUCCUCAAUUAAUUCUUGUUUCACAUUAUCCUAUUUUUAAAUUAAGUUACAAACAGUAACCUUGUUUUCUGUACAACCAUUCACCCAUUCUAGUUAACGUGUAAUGUAUUAUGUAUAACCGUUUAUACUACGUAAUUUUCCUGCGUCCAAACAAGAUAAUUUAUAUAUUAUUUUUUUUUUUUUAUUAUGCUGUUGUAAAUAUAUUAUUGUUAU